CAGUAUUGCUUUCAUAAUAAUAAUAAAUGACAAGUAAAAAAAGACAGCUCUUUUUUUUUCUCUUUAAUGUGUGCAUAUCUCUCAAAUCUAAUUGGGCAUUUAAAUCACGGCUGAUUUCAGAGAUAAGACAGUCCGAAACGACGGCACAAAAGAUCAAGUUUAAAAGCAAUGCAUAUAUUUUAAAUGAUCGCUUAAAUGCAUGAUAAAUAGAGUGAGAGUCGUUUUUGCACUUAUGUUUUCUCUUUCUUUCUUUGCUUUAAAUGUCUCGUUCAAAGCAUUCUAUUCUGCUUUAUGUGUUGCUCAGUCCCUUGGGUUAUUUACUAUUAAAACAUCUCCAUCAUGUCUUACUUUCUUUUAACCUUGUACAGAAGGCAGCUUGCAGAAAUUCAGCCAGUAUACUUGAGACAUACUCUGCUCCUGGAUUUAGCUCUCUUUUAGAUAAAGUAGUAUGUGUACUUGUUAGGUUCUGUGUUCAAGCAAUCAAUGAUCCCCUAUGUUUUCCAAUGACAGCUACUCUGGUUGGUCUGGCUACUACUGCUUAUGCUGUCAUGUCAGUGGAACAAACUCGAUUCAAUGGCAGUAGGUUUUUGACUCCAUUUAUGAUUACUAUGGGAAACAUAAUUGGCACAGGUGUCAUUGCACCUUUAGCUUGGUUGCCUUGGUAUGGUUGGUCAUUAAGCCAUCACCAUAAACAAACGCAUGUUAACAUCAUGAAUAACAAGUUAAAGACAUCAUCGAAUAACAGCGACAAAUUGAAAGAAAGAAUCAACCAUCUGAAGCAACAACAAUUCAGUUUACCAUCUAUUGCACCAAACUAUGCAUUUAGUAUUGCUAUAGCCACUUUAUUUGGUCAAUUCUUACCAGUUGCUCUUUUGGUCUCUCAUGGUCCCUCUCUUACACAACAUAACAUAUUAGCCAGUUUCCAAUAUUUCGGGAUUGUUUAUGGCUUAAUCAAGCUCGUUCUUCCUUCUUGUACAACUGGCUUAAACGAAAAGACAAAGAAUAGUGAAAGUGUUCGCUUAUUAUAUGCUGGCGUUGCUGGAAUUAACGCAUUCCUAUAUUAUUGGGUUUGGAUUAAAUGGUUACAAACAACGACUUCACCUGAUUUGAUGGUGAAACAAUGGAUUGAACUGUUCUUUUCACUUGGUACGACGGGAGAAAACCCAGUGACUUAUAUGCUAAUGUGGGAUAUUGUUGCACUUUUCUCCACAUUUACCUAUUGGGCUUGGUUGGAAGACGGCCUAGAAGGUGUCAAAACUAUGUUAAUUAAUUCAGUCUUUUUUGGGCCUGGUGCUAGCUUAGCUAUCUAUACUUUAAAGAGAGAAGGCCGUAUUGAAGCUACUAAACUUUAAUAAUGGAAAAUUAAGCAUAUAAAAAACGGGAAAUUUGAUACAAAAAGGAAAAAUUAGUCUCUCUUGCGGGGAGAUUUUUUUUUGUGGAAAAACCAAUUCCAGUAGCUUAUGUAAACAAGUGAAUAUAUGACGCAUAUAAAGGCUAUAUAAAAUAAAAUUUCCCUUACAUCUUUUU